UGAGUGAAUUGUGGCGACUCGAACUGCUGCACACCGGUGCAAAGUUCUAUGUUGAAUCCAGUCAGUCAGCUUGGAAUUACAGUGGUUAUGAAUAAUGACAAUACCGUACUUCAGGAUUUGAAUGGUAGUAAAGGAAACAAAAUCAAUGCAUCCAAAAUAUAAGCAUUAUAGUUUUUUGUUUAAUCACCAUCAGUUUACAUGUUUUGAAAAUAGAAUAGGGGAGGUGUGUGAGAAGGAACAGAAAAAUUCUAACACUGUUAGCUUGUAGGUUUAUAUAGUAACUAACGAAGUGUAUAGUUCAUAGAAUUGAAAACAUGCUCAGUGUGCUGAAAUCACUAAUAUCGAUGACUGGUCGUAAGUCAUUCAUUCCGGUAGUGUUUUGGCGAACUCAGCUGAAUUAUAAUUGUUUGCUUUUGAGAUGAACCACUAGAAACACUGGGUGUAUUAUUGAGUAAUCUUAAAUAAAUGCACUUCGCAUUUCCUAGUACUGCGGUGUUAUUUCUUAUGUUUGGUUGUUUUGUAUAACGACAGUAACUAGUACAUUUCGGUUGUUUUAUAACCUUAAUUAAUUGAUUUAAAAAUAUUGCAUUGCUUAAUUUUUUGAGCUCCUUUCCGACGGUAUUAUUCGGAGUAUAAACUUAAUUCAUACACGAUGUGGGUGCAGUUUUCGCUAGAAUGUGUUCAUAAAUAGUUUCAGCUCUAAAUAAAUUCAACUCCCAGGUAUUAUAGAAGUAUUUCACUGAUUUGGUUCUAAUUUUUGAAAAGUAAAAUAGUAAGUUUUAUGCCGAACAUCCGGAGGGUUUUAAUGUAAUCACUGUAAUAAAAUGUGUAUCCUUUUUAUUUCAGCCGAAAAUAUCUGUAUUUGAUUGUGAAACGAUGGUUUCUUUUUGUUGAUGCGUAUGCACUGUCAAACAAUCAUCUUCUCUUCAGGUGUCUUAACUGUUUGAUUGCAGUGGAAUAUUUUUUUCUCUAGGGUGCAUAUCAUGGAACUUAUGUUCGGCGAAGUUGAUGAAUCACACAAUGUUUUUCUCGAGAGGUCAAGUCCUGUGACGGAGGUCAAUAACUGUGUUAGUCAAACAAAGAAUAACGAAAUUAAGGUGCCCGAUAAUAAUGAUAAUGAAACUUCAGGAGGAAGCAAUAGUGUAUUACCCCAUGAAGAAAGUGGGAUACAGCCUUCUACUUAUCAUGGUAAAAAUUUGCUGUCAAAUGAAGCCAGACCAAGUGAAACUUAUUCUUAUGAUUCUGAGCAACAGCAUAGUAAUCUCAGACCGUGGAAGCCUGUGGACCAGCGAUUUACUGCUUUGAAAUAUGCAUGCGAUAAGCUGUUAGGUGAUAACUGUGCGCUUAUGAAUGUGGUCCUAGAUGGCAUGUUGAUGUAG